UGCAGCCCUGUUUAAGAACACUAGCAGUACCUGUAAGUCACCCAAGUUGAGCCAAGAUAGUUGGUCACUUCUGCAUGCAGUAACCCACGUGAAGAGCUUGUCUGAAAGGAAUCACUUAGAAAAGUCAUUUUACAUCAUGGAGCCUCUGUCUAAAUGGGUCCCGUCAUGCCUCCCAGUAAGAAGCCAGAAGGCUCUGGAAUUAGUGUUUCGAGUGGACUGAGCCAGUGUUACCCAGGAAGCUCGCUAACCAAGGCGUUCCAGGAAGUUGAGGAACUGGACAUUACGAGCAGUUACUUGCCUGCCAUCCGUUUGGAAAAAGUAGCCAUGGAGGAUGAAGAGUUGACAAACCUGAACUGGCUGCAUGAGAGCAAGAACCUGCUCAAAAGUUUUGGGGACACUGUGCUUCGUAGUGUUAGCCCAGUUCAGGAUAUUGACGAGGAUACCCCACCAUCCCCUGCUCAUUCUGACCAGCCAUAUGAUGCCAAGCAGAACCCUAACUGUAAACCUCCUUAUUCUUUUAGCUGCCUCAUAUUUAUGGCUAUUGAAGACUCACCCAGCAAACGCCUGCCUGUUAAGGAUAUAUACAACUGGAUCCUAGAACAUUUCCCUUACUUUGCAAAUGCUCCAACUGGGUGGAAAAAUUCUGUUAGACACAAUUUGUCAUUGAAUAAAUGUUUCAAGAAAGUAGACAAGGACAGGAGUCAGAGUAUUGGGAAAGGAUCCUUAUGGUGUAUAGACCCAGAAUACAGACAAAACCUCAUUCAGGCUUUGAAAAAGACACCCUACCAUCCGUACUCUCAUGUUUUUAAUACGCCUCCCACUUCCCCACGAGGAUAUCAAAGGCUCUCACUUAAUGACCAUGGAUCCGUCACAUUUUACCAAAUACCUUUUGGAUGUCCAAGUGCACCACUCUGAUCUUGUGGUGUAGUGCUCACUAUCUCUGAGCCAGGAGACCAGGUUUAAGUCCCACCUUGCUCCAGAGGUGUAUAAUAACAUUUCUGGACAGUUUAGUUCAAAAAUAUCUACAUCCAAUGCAUGACCCUACUGAAGUCCUUUGAUUCCAUGUACUUCAGCAUAUUGAUUUGAAGAUCAUCUUCGCCUUCAGAUGCCUACACCACAGAAAUGGGGAAGAAAGGUUACAAUCUGUCACACAAUAAAUAACAUCCAAACAUUUUAACUCUUGAGACCGUCUAAAGAGUUUUAACUCUCUGCAAUCAAGUGAGGUUGAGGUGGUUAGGAUUAUAUUCACUGGCGGUUCAUAAGAAUAAGGGGGGAUUUUGUAGAAACCUAUAAAAAUUUCAUCAGGACAAGAUGGUAGAUGCUGGAAGGAUGUUCCCGAUGGCGUGGGAGUCCAGAACCAGAGAUUAUAGUCUAAUGAAACUGGGUGGACCAUUUAGGACUGAGAUGAGGAGAAAUUUCUUCUCUGCCACAGAAAGCAGUUGAGGCCAAAAUAUUAAUAUUUU